UUCCCUGCUAGGAAGCACGACUCUACUUGAGGCAGACGAGUCUCUCUUUCAGCAGAAAUGAUGUUAAAGGACAAUGUUAUUGAUUUCCGUUGGUCCAGGGUGCUUCUGCGGUUUGGGACUGAUCUACUCCAAUAAGACCUGCACUAUGGCAUCCGUCACCUUCCAGGACCUUCCGCUCAAUAUCUAUAUGGUGAUCUUCGGCACAGGCAUCUUCGUCUUCGUACUCAGCCUCAUAUUCUGCUGCUAUUUUAUAAGUAAAUUGAGACAUCAAGCCCAAAGUGAACGCUUUGGAUACAGAGAGGUCAUUUUAAAAGGAGAUCCAAAGAAGCUGAAUCUUCAUGGGGUAAGAAACUGCCCUGUCUACAUUCCCAAUACUAGGGCUUCCAUUGUCCUGGAAAACCUGGAAAUAUCAGGAAUUCCCAGAAUAUUCUGGAGCAGCUGCGUCUGCCCCAUGUGUAAUAAACCCCUGGCGGGAUCCUCCGAGCAGCACCAGAGCAUAGGCACACUGCUGGAUGAGCUGGUGUAGGGACAAGACCGACAUCAGUCUUCAAAAACUCUCUCUGGAGUCCUUUUUUUUUUACAGACAUGAACAGACCUGACUGUGACUCUCACUGUAUUGUGAGACUGAACCUCACAGAUGAGGUCAAGAGGCAUGUUUUCUCGAUAAAACAUUAAGGGAGACCGUAGAUUCUUGAUUGAAAAAACCUCUUGGCUAAGGCUUUGUAUAUUUUGAGUAAAAAAGCCUUUCAUUUAACAGCAAAUGCUAACUGAGCUGUUCAGUCAUAAUGCCGGUUUGUAUGCUAACCCAGAAGGCUAACUCACCUCCGGUUCCCUCAGGAAUUCAUAAGGGGUUUUUAAUUGAGCGGGUUUUGAUUUCUGAGUAAAACAAGGCCUGUGGGAAACACUAUUUUAAGAUUUAAGUAGAAUUUCAAUUGGGAAACCCUUGAGUGCUUUAUAAACUCAAGCUGCUACAUACUGUACAGUAAGAACUACAACUACCACAAGGAUGUGUGUUUACACACUUGAUGAAACAAACAACCAUUGUAGUCUUUAUGUAGUGACUUUUUAAAGCACAAAAAAGUUUUAAAUUCUCAUUUGAGGUAUCAAUAUGUGUAAUUUGUGUUGUACAACAAAAUGUGCCAGAAUUAAAUGUAAACAGACCA